AAUAACGUGUGGUUGAUUCCGUUCGAUCGUUUGGCGGUGCGGUGGUACUUACUGUUAUAAAAAAUUGCGCUCGUAAGUUUCAGACCACAUAUACACUGGCGUAUGUCCUUGGAUACGAGAGCCAACUUCUUUGUUUUCUUCUCCAUAGAUAAAAGCCCAACAAAACCCCAUUGUAAUGGAUUUUGAUCGAUCUCUAACUUCGAAUUCUCCAUAUCACAGCUCAACCCGUCGGAAUUUGAUCAGAUUCCGACCUUUAUCAUUAACUUUCCUACCAGUUUGUCAGUUUCCGGUCUAGUUAAUCCUCAGUUCUACGACCAUAUUCACCGGAAAAACAAGAGGAGGUGUGUUAUGGAUCAUUUAUCGUCCAUGCUCAAUGGGCUAGCGAGGUCUCUUUCGAUUAAGAAGGGGAGAAAUUCUGGCAAUUGUGGUGGAAGAGAGGCCGUGGAAAUGAUGGCGAAGGAAGCCAAGAAGAAUGACCUGAUAUUGAGGUCUUCAGGCACUGUUAAUGUCGAUGGGUCGAAGAAUUUUGCAUCAGUUUUCUCCAAGAGAGGGCAGAAAGGUAUCAACCAAGACUGCUUCAUUGUGUGGGAGGAAUUUGGAUGUCAAGAAGAUAUGAUGUUCUGUGGGAUAUUUGAUGGGCAUGGACCGUGGGGGCAUUUUGUGGCAAAGACAGUUAGAGAAUCGAUGCCUUCGUCUCUGCUAUGCAAUUGGCAGGAGACACUUGCUGAGGCUUCACUUGAUCCGGAUUUCGACUUAGAAUCAGAUAAGAAGCUUCAUAGGUUUAAUAUAUGGAAGCAUUCCUACUUGAAGACUUGUGCUGCUGUUGAUCAGGAGCUAGAGCGGCACCGCAAAAUUGAUUCCUUCUACAGUGGAACCACUGCUCUGACCAUUGUUAGGCAGGGUGAACUUAUCUUUAUUGCAAAUGUUGGUGAUUCCCGUGCUGUAUUGGCUACCACUUCUGACGAUGGCAGCUUGUUACCAGUUCAGCUUACUGUCGAUUUCAGGCCCAACAUACCCCAGGAAGCUGAGCGGAUAAUCCAGUGCAAUGGACGAGUGUUCUGCUUGCAUGAUGAGCCUGGGGUACACAGGGUCUGGCUGCCGAAUGAAGAAUCACCUGGGCUGGCAAUGUCUAGAGCCUUUGGAGACUACUGUGUGAAGGACUUCGGACUAACUUCUGUCCCUGAAGUGACACAAAGACACAUAACAGGGAAAGACCAAUUCAUUGUGCUGGCAACAGAUGGGGUAUGGGAUGUUGUUUCCAAUCAAGAAGCAGUGGAAAUUGUGAUAUCAACACCUGACAAAGAAAAGUCGGCUAAACGUCUGGUUGAAUGUGCUGUUCGAGCGUGGAAACGCAAGAGGAGGGGUGUUGCCAUCGAUGAUAUUUCAGCUAUUUGUCUCUUCUUUCACACUUCUCCUUCAUCACUUCAAAUUUUCCCUGUUACUACCCCUAAAUAAUAAAUAAGAAACAGCAGUGUUAAUUGCUUC